AUGUGGUGGGAAGAUCUCCAGAACUUCCUACUAGUGGGCCGACACCUUCCACAAUGGCCUGGCCUCAGAGCUCUCCGCCAUCUCAUUUUUAAUAUUCCACCUCCUGAUGAGGACGACGAGACCGUUGGCACGGCGCCUGGGACCCUUUCUUAUGUACCUACCGCUGGCAAAAAUCGAGUUGCACUUCUAACUGUACUCUCAUCUGCCCUGUUCGCUCGCCUCGCCCGUACACACAAUCGCCAAAUCAUCGAGAACGCCAUCACUUCCGCACGCAAAGCCUUAUCACUCUCACCUCCGACAGAUGAUCGCGACGCCGCAUUAUUGUACUCCCUUGCCGAGCUGCUCCUCUGUCGAUUCGAGCUUAUUGGCCGGCCGGCAGACGUGCAAGAGGCAUUAUCCCUCCACCGCAAGGUGCUCCUCUUCCAUCCCCCUGGCCAUACGGGCCGCUAUAUUUCCGUAUUGUCGCUCGCCAGAGCACUACACGUCCAUUUCUGCCACAUCGGAGAUCCCAAGGAUUUAACCGACUCUAUCGAUAGUGGCCGCGAGGCCCUCUCACUAUUCGAUCCCUCACGUCACAGCCGGGAUCGACCCACCCUUCUUGCGACUCUUGCCGCACCCUUGCUCAGCAGCUUCAAGCAGACAAGCCUCUCUACCCAGUUGGAUCAAUGCAUAGAGUAUGCUCGUGCAGCCGUCUCAUGCUGCUCGCCGGAAUCGCCAGCCCGACCCAUGCUGCUGGAUGUGCUCUCACAAUCGCUGCUCUCUCGAUAUGAGCAUUUAGGCGAAUCCGGUGAUUUGGAGGAAGCGAUCGGACACGCACAGGAAGCCGCUUCGCUCUGCUCUGCGGGACAUCCCGAUUGUCCUCGAGCUCUGGGGACGGUGGCUGCCGGGCUUCUCGCUCGUUCCAAGUGUACCGGAAGGCUGGAUGACAUGGCGCAAUCGGUCUCGCUCUCCCAUAAGGCCCUUUCCCACUGCUCCCCCUCAAUGCCCAUUCGCCUUGUACUCCUUGACACCCUUGUUUCUGCUCUUAUCAUCAGCUUUACUCACGAAGGACGGCAAGAGGACCUAGAGAAAAGCAUUGAGUACGGAAAUAAAGCGCUCGCACUUUCCCCGCAGGGUCGCCCCGACCGUCCACACUCGCUGGUAAACCUCGCCGUUGCGAAAUGGACACGCUUCGUGUUUGCCAGCAGACGGGAGGACAUGGAGGAUAGUGUUGCUUCUCUCCGUCAAGCCAUCGAACUACCUGUCAAGUCCAGGGCCACCAUCCGCGCUGUAGCUCUCGGCAGGCUAGCAGACGCUUUACGCUACCGCUUCAUGACUUACGGAGCUCCCGAGGACCUGGAGGAAAGCAUAAUCCUGGGGAAAGAAGCACUGUCCGCCUGUGAUCCGCACGCGCCAAGCCGUGCAAUGGUACUCAACAGCCUGGCCUCCUCAUUCGGUCAGCGCUUCGGAUAUGCUGGAGAGGACGAAGAUUUCAACUUGUCGAUGGAGUACAUCCGGGAAUGUCAUGCGUCUUUCACAGCGGAAUCAUUGACGUCUUUGGACUUGUUCGUCGGGCCGACGCUAUUCCUCGAUGUAGUCCUGACCGGCAGACAGGGCGUGCCGUAUCCAAGCAUUGACUUGGUGCGGAACGUACUGGAUGCUUCCUCCCCUCGGAACCUUCAUCGCCCUUCCUUACUGGGUAUCCUUGCUUUAUCUUCUUUUCUGCAAUAUCAGGAAAGCAACAACCGGGAGCAUUUUGAGACCUUCUUCACGUUCACGCAGGAGGCCCUUUCCUUAUGUUCGCCAUUUGCGGUUGCUUUCCCUAAUCUGCUCUUUAACUCGGCAGAAGCGCUAGAGACCUGGUUCCGCAGAAGCGGGGAAUCAGGCGCUCUUGCCCAGUGCAUAGAGUCUAUCCAUGCCGCCCUGUUACUCUGUUCAUACGCACACCCUCAUCGACAACACACAAUACUCGAGCAUCUUUGGGAGUCUCUCAAGCGUAUUUUUGAACAAACAGGGGAUCUAGAGGUUCUAAACAAGUCUAUCUCCUACCUUCAGGAUGCAGUUGCCCACUGUCCCUCCACCUCUCCUAUUCACCCUGCGCUCAUUCGGAACGUGGCAAUUGCUUUUCGCGAACGAUCCAUUCACACGAAGCAGGUGAAUGAUGUGGACAGAUCUCUUGGAUACUUUCGCCAGGCCCUCUCGCUUUAUCCUGCCCCGCAUCCUGUGGGUGUAUUGAUGUUAAGUGAACUUGGUGCGUCGUUACGGCAGCGCUUUGAGAUGACCGGGGUCCAAGCCGACUUGGAGAAGUCUGUCGAGUCCUUCGAAGAAGCUCUAUCCCAUGGCAUUUCGGUUCCAUCACUUCAUACCUCCCUGUUGUUUGGACUAGUAUCCAAUUUGCGCGAACGCUAUGCGAAAAUCACAAGGAAUAUCGAGGAUAUACAGAAGAGCCUCGAAUACGGACAGAGAUACUUGUCCUUGUGCCCUCUAGGACAUCCCGAUCACGACGAAGCAUUGGUAGACUUGGCGCAUACACUAAGAACUCGCCAUCUGAUCGACGGGGACCCGGAGGACCUGGAGCAGUGCAUUAGCUAUCUAGAGAUGGCCCUUGCUUCGUUAUUGCGGGAAGCAUCACUCCCGCCUUCCGGCUUCGUGACAUCCGUGAAUACGAUGUCUGCACUGGCAUCGGCUCUUGCUCAACGUUUCUCGGCGACAGGACGGCACGACGACCUCAACAGGAGCAUUGACCUCAAUUACAAAGCGCUUGCGCUUUGUCCUAUAGGUCAUCCCGAUCGAUCUCGCGUCAUAAAUAGUUUGGCACACUCUCUCAACAAACGAUACGGGGUCAAUGACGAUUUGGGCGACUUAGAAAAUGCGAUUAUCUACUUGCGCGAAGAUCUCGAAACGAAUUCCGAUUCGGCGGGAUUGUUCAGUCGUCAUUCCACUAUAACGGCUCUGGCGGGCGCUUUGCAUCUUCACUUCCGAUUGACACAUCAGCCCGACGACCUCAGAGACAGCAUCAAGUACGGCUAUGAAGCCCUGUCUCUGUGCCCGCCAGGACAUUCGGGCCGCGAGGCCUUUUUAUUUAUCUUAUCAUCAUCCUUGGGCGAACGAUUUAACUUGAUGAAACAGUUGGAGGACCUGAACUGCUGCAUCCUCUUUCUCCGCGAGGCGAUAUCCGCGGACCAAGAUCACAAGUUCCCUUAUCGUGUAGGCUUGUUGAAGGCAUUGACGGAGGCUCUUUGCAUUCGAGCGAACGAGAGCCACUGGGAUGCUCAAGCUGAGGCUCGCGCCGAAGACCUCAAAGAAUGCACGCGGUACAUAGAGGAGGCGCUACAUCUCUGUCCACCUGGACACCCUGACCGGAGCGAAGUUCUCGUCCGAUUUUCCCAGUACCACCAAUGCCAAUACGAACAGACUAAGAAGUCUGAGGAUAUGCAGAAAGCUAUCGAUUACCUCCGGGAGGCUCUGUCCCUUUCAAGCGCAGAUCAGUCUUCCAGCUCCUUGCAUCUGGUCAACAGCCUGGGCAGGGCUUUAAUCGGGCGAUACAGAGCGUUACAAACUGUGGAGGACCUUGAUGAGUGUAUUGAUCGAGGACGCAGGAUGCUGUCGCUCUGUCCUCUAGAACCAAGUGAUCCGGAACAUUUCAAUUUAUUGUUCAAUCUCGCAGCGUCUUCAAGUGCGAGGUAUAGCAAGACGGGAAAUAAAGAAGAUAUCUCCAAUGCUAUCCUCUACGCCAAAGAAGGCGCGCUCCUUGAAUCGACUGUCUACCGUCUGACGCAGCUAGACAGCGCAAUAUUGUGGGCACAUCUGGCCCAUGAGAAUAGCCAUCCUUCAGCACUGGAGGCCUACCGCAGGAGCCUUGAAUUGUUGCAGCGGGAUCUCGCAAUCGCUCCAACGCUGGAAAUGCAACACGAGGUAGUUCGAGACGAGCAAUCUUUACCUUUGGACGCCGCGGCGUAUGCGAUAAACCAGGGAAAUCUCGAACUCGCUGUGGAGAUACUAGAGCAAGGCAGAGCUUUACUCUGGUCUCAAGUCCGCCGCCUGCGCACACCCCUCGACCAGCUAUCUGCUGACGAGAGAUUGAGGCCUCUUCGAGAUACUUUCCUGGAGAAGAGUCGCGCACUGGAGGCAGUCAGUAUUGCCGCAAGUCCACUCAUAUCCGUCUCAGCUGUUGGUAAACGCUCCGAUUCGUAUGGGCAUAUGCUCGAGACGAAACGCUGCCUGUCUGCCGAACUAGAAGAGGUCAUCGACCAGAUCCGCGCAAAGAUCCCAGACUUUCUCAAGCCACCCUCCUACGACAGACUUAGGGCAGCUUCGGUAGAGGGCCCGGUUAUCAUCGUUAACAAAAGCAGAUUCCGCUCGGAUGCUUUAAUCCUUGGUCCCGGCGAGAAACUCAGCUGUGUCGAGUUGAUCGAUACCUUUUCCGAGCAGGCGGUCGAAUUGGUAAACAACCUACUGAAUGCCCGCAGGGCCCUGGACACUGCGCCGAAGAGAUACGAUCGAGUUCUGCGCCGGACGCUAGAAGAGCUCGCGGAUCUCGUUGUUGGCCCAGUCGUGGAGAGAUUGAAGGAGCUCGGAGUCAAGGAAGGGUCGCGGAUUUGGUGGUGUCCUACCUCUGCGGUGUCUAUACUGCCGCUGCAUGCAGCGGGCCCGAUCGCGAUGCCAGAGCCGAGAUCCUCCAAAGGCAAAAUAUACCUUCCGGAUCUGUAUAUCCCGUCCUACACUCCGACGCUUACUGCGCUAAUCGAAUCCAGAGCAGCUGGCAGUGGUCGUCGAAUAGAGCACGAAGGCCUUCUUGGUGUCGUCCUGCUCGACAAGGCGCUAAAAGCGGUGGGCAAAGAAGUGGAGGUCCUCCGCACACACUUCGCGGAUAGUGACUUAACGCUCGCCAUUGAGAGUCAUUGCAACCGUGAAGCGGUGACUGCAGGUCUUGCGGAGCGGCCAUGGGUACAUUUCUCCUGCCACGGGACGCUUAGAUCUGGCGAGCCUCUCAACUCAGCGUUCAUCCUUUCUGGAGGCGAGCGGAUCACUCUUCUCGACAUCAUCAAAGCCGACCUCCACCGUGAAAAUGCCGAACUAGCAGUGUUGUCGGCCUGCCAUACUGCUGAAUGGACACCGAACAGUGCGACGGACGAGGCACUUCAUCUGGCGGCCGCGAUGCAGUUUUCGGGCUUCAAGAGCGUGGUGGGGACGAUGUGGCAGCUGCAGGAUGAGGAUGGGCCGACGUUUGCCAAAGCUUUUUACGACGCGAUGUUUGCAGAGCGACGCAACAAGGAUAUGCCCCAAGGAUCAGAGGUCGGAUUCAGGAGGGCUGCGAGGGCAUUCCUGCACGACUUACCGUUCCUCUACCAACACGCCGCUCUCGGCCUCGUUCAAUUCAAUAUCUCCCCGCAUGCAGAUAUCUUCCUUAUUCCCGCACAAUGCGUCUCCGUCGUCUCCAUCCCCCCGCUUGCGGUCCCUGCCUCUCGUCUCCAACUGACACCCUCCGCAAACCACAUCAUCACCUCCGAAGACCUGCAACGGCUCCGUGCGCUCACGAAGCCUCUUCCACCCGCGCUCCCCAGUCCGUCCUCCUCCUCGCCCGACUGCGCCGAAGCGUACACCUUCAUCCACCUCUCCCUCAACAUCUACCUCGCCGACCUUUUAUCUGCCGCGCGGCACCACCCGCUGCUCGACGGCAGGCUGCUCACGCUGCGCGCGCACUGUGACGCCACGGCGCUCGUGUGCACGUACCGCGUGCUCUGCGGGUACAGCCUCGGCGCGGAGCUCAUCGCGAGCGUCGCCGCCGCCGCGCCGCGCGACGCCGCGUCCAGCGAGGACGACGACGAGCUCCGCACCACUGACGCAAACGUGCACUUGUGGGACGACGGCGGCGGCGACGGCAAGGACGCGUGGCUCGGCGCCGAGAUCCACGCGGACCGCCGCAAGACGGGGAGUGUGCGCAGCGUCGAGGUGCGCGUCGAGGGACCCGACGUCGACGCCGGGGCCGAUCAUGCCUCCCCUGGUCGCGCACACGACGGGCCGCCACGCGCCGCGCACGGCGGCGUGUGGGACGUGAGCGAGAUCGACCCCGAGCGGGUCUCCCCCCACGCGGGCUGUCCGCUUGCAUUGCCCGACCCGCUCGCGUUCGCGGGCGCUGUUCAGGCGACCGGCAGUUAG